AUGGGAAAGAAGAAACGUUCUUAUUCAGAAGAAAGAAAGGAGAAUCGCUGGGAGAAACGAUUCCGACGUUUAGAAAAGCGAUUAGAGGAACAGAACCUGUUACUAAAAAAUAUUAAUCACAAUGCCAGCGGGGACCACAGCGACGCUCCUGAUUCAGGUUCGAGAGAGUCCUCACCAGCGACGCAACGAACUAGACCAGAACCGGAGGACGAGGAGGCCUUGGGGAUACAGGGGACAUCGCCAUCACCGUUAGUACCGUUGACAACGCCGCAGAUUGAUCUAAGAUCGGUGUCUGAACAGGGCCCUGCCCUAGCGGCCGACUCAAAUCAGUCACAGGAGGUUGACCGAGUCGACGAGAGUUUGCUGAAGGUGCUCGGAGAACGCGUAACGGUUGACAAGCCACCUGGGGCACCGAUAUUCGAAGAAAUUGUUCUAAGAUGGGCAGAUCUUUUCAAAGCCGGACUUCCGAAGGAAGAAAGAACCGUGCUAUUGAAAAAGUACGGAACUCCGGAGAAUUGCACAAUUAUCAAUCCUCCUAAAUUAAAUCUAGAGGUUAAGGCUUCACUCCAGGAACCAAUCAUAAACAGAGAUUCUAGAUUGGUGGACAAACAGGAGAAGAUAACCGUUUGUUUGGCGGUCCUAGGGACAACCCUAUCUGAGCUACUGAAGGGUCAGCCCGUCGACAAGCUAUCGCUCCUGGAAAGAUUAAGCGAUAUGGGAAGACUGCUGGUAGAUCUGCAACGGGAGGAGACUGCCACGAGGAAGGCACUGAUCCUGCCUAACCUCAAUGCAUCAGUUAAAGAGGCCCUUAAAGCUACGGUCGUGGACGAAUGGCUUUUCGGGAAGCAGUUGGAGGAGAACCUCAAGACGGCGAAAACUCUUGGUCGGUCAGCUAAAGAACUGACCAAGACAACACCGAAAACACCGUUCAAUCGCGCGUCAAAAAACUUCAAACGUCCGUACCGUCAGCAGACCUACAAGCGGCAGUCCACGACGACGGGCGGACAGAAGAAAUCCUCCAACGCGGUUGUCUUAGACUGGAUAUCGGGAGUAAAGUUACCGUUCGAUAGAACAAUCUGCCAAGCAUCGACUCCUAGCAAGCCAGACUGGUCGUCGAGGGAAAUAUCUCAGAUAUCAGAAGAGAUUAAAAAAUUGCUAGAGAAAGGGGCAAUCGUGGAAUGUGAGAGUUCUCAGGGGGAGUUCAUAUCCCCAAUUUUCCUCACCCCAAAGACGGACGGUACUAGUCGGUUCAUUUUGAACUUGAAGGAACUAAACGAGUCAAUCUCGACGGAGCACUUCAAAUUGGAGAAUAUUCGGACAGCAAGAGACCUUUUGCGUCAAGACUCGUUCAUGGUAACGCUGGACUUGAAAGACGCAUAUUACGUCGUCCCGAUUAAAGAAUCAGACCGGAAAUAUUUGCGUUUUGCGUUUAGAGGAAAACACUUUGAGUUUUGUUGCUUACCCUUCGGCCUGAAUAUUGCACCGUACAUAUUUACAAAAAUUAUGAGACCGGUUGUAGCACAUUUAAGAAGAUCGGGACACAUUUCCGUUGUAUAUUUAGAUGACCUCCUGUUGAUCGGAGACUCUUAUCAACUUUGUCUGAGGAACCGAGAUGAAACUCGGUGGUUGUUGGAAGAGUUAGGUUUUGUGGUUAACGAACAAAAGAGUCAACUCCAACCUUCGAGGAUUCAGAGUUAUCUGGAAUUUCAAUUGAAUUCCGAAAAGAUGUUAAUCGUACUCCCCGAGUCCAAAAGGAUUAAAGUGCUGUCCGAAAUCCUAAAAUUUAGAAGGCUACGCUCGUGUAGUAUACGGGAGUUUGCGUCGUUCGUAGGGAUACUCGGUGCAUGCUGUCGAGCGUUACGCUAUGGCUGGGUAUACAUGAAAGUUCUCGAAAGAGAAAAGACGUUAGCACUGAUAGCGACGGAUGGUAAUUUUGAGAAGACAAUGGUCUUGUCAAAUAACAUUAAAAAAGAUCUGGCCUGGUGGGAAUCGAACAUCAUGUCAGCGAGUAACCCCAUCGAAACAGAAGACUAUAAGGCCGAGAUUUUUUCAGACGCGUCGCGGUCAGGCUGGGGUGUAAGCUGCGGGGGCGAAAGAUCCUACGGACAUUGGGACGAGAAUGAUCGAAGGCUCCACAUUAAUUACCUGGAGCUUCUCGCGGCGUUCUUCGGGCUUAAGUGUUUCGCGAAGAACCUGAGAAACUGUAGCGUGCUAUUGAGAAUCGACAAUACGACGGCCAUCGCGUAUAUUAAUCGGAUGGGAGGCUCGCGAUACGAAAAUCUUAGUAGACUCGCGAAAGACAUUUGGAUUUGGUGCGAGCAAAGACAUUUAUGGAUCUUUGCUUCUUAUAUCAGUUCGGAAGAAAAUAUGAUGGCCGACUCAGAAUCAAGAAGAAUAAAACAUGAAACAGAGUUUGGGUUAUCGAGUAAGGCAUUCAAUGAAAUAUGUCAGGUGUUUGGAAGGCCUGAAAUUGACCUUUUCGCGAGUAGAGUAAACGCAAAAUGUGAGCGUCCUAAAGAUGUUGAGGAAAAUUCAAUCCGAUCAGGCUCGGGGUGUGAUAGUUGUCCCUUAUUGGCCGUCUCAAGCGUGGUACCCACUCUGUAUGUCAAUGUUCGAAUCAAAACCCAUCUAUUUCGAACCGGACAGGUAUCUUAUACAUUCUUCGUGCAGGGAACCGCACCCUUUGUGGAGACGCCUUACCCUGGUGGCCGGAAUGUCAUGCGGCAAGCCUUCGCAUGGAAAGGGAUGCCUGAAGACUCCUUGGACAUCGCAGUCUCAUCCCUAAGCGGAUCGUCCAUACAACAGUACGAAACGGCCUAUAGGAAAUGGUGGUCCUAUUGUCAGGAGAAACACAUCGAAGUCUUCACAAUCUCAAUCCCUAAUAUUCUAGAUUUUCUUACGAAGGAAUUUCACAACGGAGCUUCGUAUGGUACGAUAAAUAGUUACCGCUCGGCGAUUGCUUUUAUCUUAGGACCGGAGAUCGGUCAGGAUGACAGAAUAAAGAAAUUCUGCAGAGGCGUCUCGAGGGAACGACCACCAAAACCGAAAUAUAAUUCAACAUGGGACCCAAAAGUCGUGCUAGAUUUUCUAUCCAAAUGGACACCGAACGUCGAGCUAUGUAUAGAGAAACUUACGUUAAAACUCGUAACGCUGCUCGCCUUAAUAACAGGACAUAGGUUCCAAACCUUGUCACUCAUAGAUAUACAGAAUAUCGAGAGAACCAGGGAUUUAAUCGAAAUUAAGAUCCCAGCGAGAAUCAAGACUUCUGGCCCGAGAAGAGAACAGCCAACGCUGAUAGUUCCGUUUCACCCACUGAAUAAAGAUAUCUGCGUAGCAUCUGCGUUAGAGACGUACAUUGAACGUACCCGAAACUUGCGAGGCAAGUGUUCGCGUCUCUUCAUCUCACUUAAAAAACCUCACAAGAAAGUGUCAACUCAAACCUUAAGCCGUUGGGUAAAAUCCACGUUAACAAGACGUGGAAUAGAUACGGAGACCUUCUCGGCGUACAGCACGCGUCACGCUUCGACUUCGGCGGCGAAGAGGAGCGGUGUUAAUAUAGACACUAUAAAGAAAACAGCAGGUUGGACCAAAGCUUCAGAGACCUUUACCAAGGUUUAUAACUUAAGGGUAAUGGAAGAAAAGGGUACAUUUGCGAGAGCGAUUCUGGAGCUUUAA